AUGUCGGGGCUCCUGGGGAAGCUGUUCGGGACGGGCGCCGGCGGGAAGGGCGCCGGGAAGGGCCCGUCCCCGCAGGAGGCGAUCCAUCGGCUCCGCGAUACGGAGGAGAUGCUCAGCAAGAAGCAGGAGUUCCUGGAGAAGAAGAUCGAGCAGGAGCUAGCGGCCGCCCGCAAGCACGGCACCAAGAACAAGCGGGCUGCUCUGCAGGCCCUGAAGCGCAAGAAGAGGUAUGAGAAGCAGCUGGCACAGAUAGAUGGCACCUUGUCCACAAUUGAAUUUCAGAGGGAAGCCCUUGAGAAUGCCAACACCAACACUGAAGUGCUGAAGAACAUGGGCUUUGCUGCUAAAGCCAUGAAAGCUGCUCAUGACAACAUGGAUAUUGAUAAAGUAGAUGAAUUAAUGCAGGACAUUGCAGAACAGCAAGAGCUGGCAGAUGAGAUUUCAACAGCCAUCUCAAAACCUGUUGGAUUUGGGGAGGAAUUUGAUGAGGAUGAACUCAUGGCAGAAUUAGAGGAACUAGAACAAGAAGAACUAGACAAAAACUUGCUGGAAAUAAGUGGUCCUGAGACAGUGCCACUACCAAAUGUGCCCUCAAUAUCAAUACCAUCAAAGCCAGCCAAGAAGAAAGAGGAAGAAGAGGAUGAUGACAUGAAAGAGCUGGAAGCUUGGGCAGGAACCAUGUAACCACAACAAUUGAGUGGCUGGCAAAACAACAAAACAAAACAAAACAAACCCAAGCCCCAACAACCACAAAACAAAACAAGACUUUGAUUACCUGUUCUGGGUGCAAAUGUGUUCGUGUUGAGGAGAAAGCAUAAGCAAAAAUGUCUUUAUCUUUAAUUUUAACCCAAAGCAGUGGGGGAAGGGGGGAACUGCAUUGCUGUUGUCUGCAUUAGCAUGGUCUGCCCAAAGGAAGGGUAACAACAAAAAGAAAAAAACAAAAGGGGAGCAGGGGGAUUCCCUGCUCACAAGGGGGAGGAUUUGCCUGCAGGUGAUACGGUUGGAUUUGUGUAAAAAAAAAAACAAAAACAAAAGAAAAAACAAAACAAGAGGUGGUUGCUGAAAGAAAUUGACCAUUCAGCCUUUGGACUGUGCUGCUGCCACUGCUGGAUCUUCAUCUGCAGAGUUUGGGCCAUGUUGAAUUGAAAUCAGCUGAAAACAAAACCCAACCAGCAACCCUCUGUCAUUUUUAAGUCAGUUUCAGUGUGUCUAGGAGUCUCGUAAAGCAUUUAAAGUCCUGAGCCACCCCUGGGGCUUCUUCUUGUCUUUAGGUGCAAGAAUGCUUUUAGGUUUUGGUUUCUUUAUUUUUCAGUUCUUGGCAAGUUCUAUUUAUGUCCCUGGCCUGAUGCAUGGCCACCUUCAUGUCUGUCACCACCCACAGCCUUUUUGUCACUGUCCCCAUUGCAGCUGGUGAGCUGAUUGGCAGUCAAAGCUCUCUGGGAAGGAAGGGAGUGGGAGGGAAGGUUUCAGUUUCAGUUGUACAUUUGUUUUAUUUUAUUUUUUUCCUACCUAGCACUACA